AUCGCAACGAACGAAAUAAACCAGAGCAUCGUUCUUCAAGCCAAGGACCCUUGUCAUCCAUUCGAGCGGUAAUCAAGAGAUCUUCUCGGACUUCUUUACAGAGUGAGCUUCAUCGAGAUAGGAGGCGCCCGGAGAUCACCAUUGUGGCAGCUGAGCCACUGAGGCCAGCCUCAUGGUUUCCAGGAGCCCCAGCCCCAGGAUUGGGAUUUCCCCCACCCUCUGCAGCAGGCCCUUGGAGGCCCAGUGAGCUGGUUCCUGCUGAGCUCCCACCAUCUUAUGAACAAGUCAUAAAAGAAAUCAACCAAGUUCAAGUUAAUACUACAAAUAACAAUAAUGCUGCUGCCUCUCCAAGGCACACUAUUACUUCUGCAACUCAGACUGACUUUUCAGAAGAAAUAGACAACCACCUGCCUCAAAGUAAUGCAACACUGCAGGCACCUCUCAAACCUCUUCAGCCUGCCCCAGGGGUCUCAGCCAGUGAUCUUCCCACAAAUGUGGCACCUUUAAUAGUCUUUGACAUUUCUGAGGAACACACUUGUCCAGAAAACUCCAAUGCUACAAGAUGUCCAGUGCCAAAACCAAGAUCAAAAAGCAACCUCAGACCAGUAGCCAGAGAUUCUCACAUUAAAGGGCAGAAUCUCCAGAAAAUCAGCUCAGCGGCCACCGAAGAGGAGUCAGCCCCAAGCCGACCCCAGUCUCUGUUGGACAAUACCAACGACUUGGACAGUCAGGCAGGGAUGAACAUUAUGAACACAGAACGAAGCCAAAAUAGUAUUGUUUCAAGGAUCAAAGCAUUGGAUAGUCAGACAAAUACUGAAACUUCUGAGCUGCCCAAGAAACCAGAGAUUGCUCCCCGCUCACUCCCCCCAAGGCCUGCUGUUCCCUCAGGGAAACCCUCUGUGGCUCCCAAACCAGCUGCUAACAGAGCUUCUGGAGAACUGGACUCCUGGAAUGAAAACAGACGCAAGGUGGCCUCAGGGGAAGGGCCCACCCCACACUCUCCACCGCAAGAAGUAGGGAGCAUCCCAGUAACCAAACCUGAAUUGCCAAAGAAACCAAACCCUGGCCUUACACGAAGUGUUAAUCCUGAGACUCUGGGGGGAGGGCCCGUGGUUGAGAGCCCUGAUGGCAGGAAGAGAGUCCCAACUCCUGCUCCUCGACCUUUGCUGCCGAAGAAAUCAGUUUCCUCAGAAAACCCCAGCUGCCCUGCCGCUUUGCUGAAACCAGUCACUGUUCCUCCCCGACCCCCAGUGGCAUCACAAGCCAAAGCAUUCAGGUCAUUGGGUGAAGGAGCCUCAGCCAACCCCGCAGCCCCAGGUCUGCAAAGCAAGCCUCUGGGGGACAUCGACCUCAUCAGCUUUGAUGAUGAUGUUUUACCCAUCCCACCUGGGAAUGUGGUUGAAGACUCUCUUGGUUCAGAGAUGGCUCUGGAUCCCUUCCAGGUCCCCACAAAGACAGAACCAACAAAAGAACCAGCAGUUCAACCAGCACCCACCAGAAAGCCCACUGUGAUUCGAAUUCCAGCCAAACCAGGAAAAUGUUUACAUGAGGAUCCACAAAGCCCACCUCCUCUCCCUAUUGAAAAGCCUAUUGGAAACACUUACAGUACAGUAUCUGGAAAACCCAGUAAUGUUGACAGAACUAGAGACUUGGAAUCCGACCAGGCUGGUCAAAUGGGAGGCUCUGUGCGAGGACCCCCCAGGCUUCCACCAAGACCUAUAAAUGGAAAAGUCACACCAGCUCGACAGCCUCCUCCCAAGGGGGCCCCUGAAAGACCACCUCCCCCGAGAGUUUCUGCAACCAGAACAUCAAAUAAAAAACUACCUUUGAAUCGGUCUUCUUCUGACAUGGAUCUUCAGAAAAAGCAAAAUAAUGUGGCUUCCAGACUCACAAAAACCAAGAGUCAAUUUUUUAAAAGUGAAGAUCCAGUGCUACCCCCUCGCCCUAAACCAGGACACCCUCUCUACAGGAAAUACAUGCGUGGGGACGGACUUGUGCUGCUGAAGCAGGCAGAAAAUAAUUACUUAGAAUGCCAAAAGGGAAAAGUCACUGGUAGAGUUCACCUGUCUCAGAUGAAGAUUAUCACCCCACUUGAUGAACAUCUUAGGAGCAGACCAAACGAUCCAAGCCACACUCAGAAGCCUGUUGACAGUAGUGCUCCUCAUGCUGUCAUUCUUCAUGAUUUUCCAGCAGAGCAAGUUGGUGAUUUGAAUCUCACUUCUGGAGAAAUUGUUUAUCUUCUGGAAAAAAUAGAUACAGAUUGGUACAGAGGGAAAUGUAGAAACCAGACUGGGGUAUUUCCUGCCAACCAUGUCAAAGUAAUUAUUGAUGUUCCAGGAGGAGGAAAUGGGAAAAGAGAAUCAGUUUCAUCUCAUUGUGUUAAUAAAGGUCCAAGAUGUGGUGCUCAGUUUGAAUAUAUUGGAGACCAGAAGGAUGUGCUAAGUUUCUUGGAGGGAGAAAGUAUUGUUCCUAAUGAGUAUGUGAAUGAAGAAUGGGCUGGAGGAGAACCUCGAGGCAGAACUAGGAUUUCCCCCCUUAACCUUGUGGAACUCGUUGAGGAUCAUCCCACCUCUGGUACAAAUGUUUUCAGCACAAAGGUACCACUGAAGACCAAAAAAGAAGAUUCUGGAGCAAAUUCUCAGGAUAACAGUCUUUCUGGAGAAUGGUGUGAAGCUCUUCACAGUUUUACAGCGGAGACCAGUGAUGACUUACCCUUCAGGAGGGGAGAACGGAUCCUGAUCCUACAGCGGCUGGACUCCGACUGGUACAAGGGCAGACUGCGAGACAGGGAGGGGAUCUUCCCAGCAGUCUUCGUGCGGCCCUGCCCAGCUGACAUAAAAAGUAUGUCUCCUUUAGCACUGAAGGGGAGGAAGGCCAAAGCCUUGUAUGAUUUCCAUGGGGACAAUGAAGAUGAGCUUUCCUUCAAGGCUGGAGAUACAAUAACAGAGCUGGAAUCUGUAGACGAUGACUGGAUGAGUGGAGAACUAAUGGGAAAAUCUGGAAUAUUUCCCAAAAACUAUGUUCAGGUUUUACAAGUCGGCUAAAGGUGAAGCUUGACUGUGUCCCUUGGCACAAGAACUAUCACUUUGACUAUCAGAUAUGGUUUUUUUGCACUAUUUUUUAAACUGAAAGAAAUUUCUAUGCUGUAAUGGUACACUAGAAUUUUCUGAAAGCAGAAAAUGUCUGGAUUUCAUCACAGUAGAAACGUACACGUGAAAACCCAUGAGCAAGUAUUCUACCAAGGAAAACAUCAGCAGGAUGAGCAAGACAAUUAAACACUUCCCCCAGGGAAAGUGCCUGGUGACAUGGCAGCACAAGGAGGCCUACACGCAAAAGCUGUGCUUUAACAUCUAUUUUCAUCAGCAAAAGUCAAUUAAACGUGCUUCU